CUCACACGUACGCACAUACACAACAUCAAAACAGAAGCGGAGUUAUUGAUUAUUUUCAGCCAGUGUCAGCUCUUUAAAUUUUCAUUUCGUCCCCCUUAUUGUUUUGUUGAUUUUUUUUUGUUUUUUUUUUUAAUCCGUUUAGUUUUUUCCUCCUACCCCACCGAAAAUAAUUCGCUUGGCGACUCGCCGGAACGAGUGAACAACUUACGCAGCGGGGAGCCGGACGUCUGUGUUUUCCGUUUUGCGCGGUCGGAGGAAUGACGACGACGACGACGACGACGACGACGACGACGGUGAUGACGGCGGUGACGACGGUGACGAUGUCGCCGACGACGGUUCGCGACUAGAGCGAUAAUCGUGACUUCGACGGCGUUCCGUGAGCCCACAAAGCUGGUCGGUGCCACUCGCCAACUUACGCGUUCGAGACAGGAGCCGGAGCGCCGCCGUGUCCGAAUGGAGACAACCAGUGGAAUAGUGUGACUUGAAUCCCAUUUCUAGACUUGGAUAUUUUUCUUCGUCAGAUUACCUCUGUUGCAUGAUAUCAAAUUGUUUAUAGCUCAGAAAUAAGAAAUAUCUCAGUCUACUAUGUUACCCAAUACGAUUGCUGUAUCAUCUACUUUGCCUAGAGUGAAAAAUAAUGCGUGCAGUAAAAACGAUGAAAAUACUUCCUAUUCAAAGUCUGUAGAUUUUCAAAAAGAUCGUAGAAGUUGGCCUUUGGCACAGGUAAUGGAAUGUGUUGAUCUUGAAACGGUAUCACACAUUUCACCUUUGGAAUCUGAAAAUGAAACUAGUGCUGUAGUCCCAAUUACUUCUUCUCACAAUGGUUGUAUGGCGGUUCUUCAGACAGAUAAUUUACAGUCGGAAUGUAUUAAUGAAUUGUGUUUAGAUGGUCAACCAAGUAAUGUCUUAAAAAUUGUCUUGCCUCUAGUCAGCGAUAAUGUGCCAUUUAAUGGCCAUCCAAUAGCAAUCGAGCACAAUCAAUUCUUUCAAGAAGAAGAUUAUGUUGUUUCAAGCAAUAAUCAUGAUCAAUACUCUCCAAAACAAUGUGUGGAUAUGCCAGUCUAUGUAAAUAAAUAUGUUAAUAAUAGAAAUCAUUCUUUACCCGAAGAUAAUGAACUAAAUCGAUUUAGUUCAACAUUUGAAGACAUAAAAACUUUGCUUAAAGAAGGUCUAGUAGAUGGUCUAGAUGAAAUGCCACCAGACUUUCAACCUCCACACCCUCCUCUGCUUUACAGAGUUUCUUCGUUACCAAAUCUUAUAAGUCAUGAUAGUACAAAAAGCCAUCAUUCGUGUUCAUACUUAACAAUGUGUGCAACUAAACACGAAUUAUUUAUGAAUAAUCUUUGCAAAAAUAUUGUUGCUAAACAUGACAUGUCUGUUCAAGUAUCAACCGAAUUAUUCAAACAUCAAAAUCAAAAAAUAUAUGUCGACACAAGCUGUCAAACUGAAGAUAUUUUUGUUAAUUGUCAAGUGAAUAAUGAAGUUUUGAUUCAGGAAAUCCACCAAAAUGAUUUUCAUAUGAUUAGUAACGUUUUUAAGAAAGAACUUGAAAUGAAUACCAACAAUGAAGAUGAAAUUAAAAGUAACAUAGAAGAAAACUGUACCAGUAUUGGUUAUAUAAAUAUUAAUGAUUUUAAUAAAAAACAUGACACUUCUUUAGAAAAGGAAUUAUCAGGCAUUGGUUAUACAAAUAUAAAUGUAUUUAAUAAAGAACUUCAAACUAAUGCAGAAAAUGACUGUUCAGACAUUGAUUACUCAAAUAUUAAUGUUAUUAACUCUGAAUAUAAAAUCAAAACUAAUGAAGAAGAGGACUGUGCAAGUAUUGGUUAUUCAGAUGUUAACACAUUUAACAAGACAAACGAAGUUAAUGCCAACGGAGAAGACCGUACCAGUAUUGGUUAUAUCAAUAUUAAUGUUUUUAAUAAAGAUAAAUUAGUAACUAAUAAUGAGGAUAGUUUGACUAAUGUUAGUUAUACCAAAAUAACAACUUUUAACAAGGCAUGUGAAAUCAAGCCCAAUGACAAUAAUGUUGAUAUUGACUAUACAAAUAUGAAUGUAGUUGAGAAUGGAAAUGAAGUUGAUGUUAAUGAAGAGGACCAUUUGAAAAUUGGUUAUACCAAUAUUAAUUUAUUUGAUAAAGCGCCUGAAGGCAAAACUAAUGGAGAGGACUGUGUCGACAUUGGUUACACAAAUUUUAGUUUAUAUGACAAAGGACUUGACAUCGAUUCUAAUGAUAGUUGUGAAAAUUAUGCAAAUGCUAACAUUUUAGAAGAAUUUGUAAAUGAACAGAUAAGCCUUAAUAAUAUUGAUGGAGAUUUUGAUUCAUUUUUGUUUGGACCAUUGCCCCCAUCACCUAUUGAAGAGAUUGUUUCAGAGCUACCUAUAUUGAGUGGCGUUGAAACAAAAAGAGAAAACUCAGCUCCUGUACCAUUCAUAUUUGAUGUUCAUAAAAAUGAACCAAGUACUUCAAUAAUCAAAUCUCGAUCGAUAGACGCAGAAUUUUCUCAUAACUUUCAACAACAUCAAAAAAUUGGAACACGAUCUGUGCAAUCUGAGAGAAGAACUUAUCCAUCUGAAGUACCCGUUUCUGAUGGAUACCCUAAACCUUUAAUGCUUAAAACCAGUAUUCAUCCCAGUACUAUUGAAAAAUUAUCAGAUAUUUCAAGUUCAUUGCCAGAUACGCCACUAUUAGGAAGAUGUGAUUUUCCCCGUCAGUAUUCUGCCACUGGUACUAAAACAAUGACUCAGAUGUCAAAUAGUAUGAGCAUCAACAUGAGAGGUGCUGGUCAUGGUUCUAGUAUUGGCUUAGGUCAAGCAAUGGCUGGUGCAGAGUUGUUGCACCUAAAUGGACCUGGUAGGGGAUGGUACCCACGGCAACGACAAUUUCGUCCUGUGUCAGUAGAACAGCUAGACAAAUUGGCUAGCAAAAGCCCUGUGGGCCACUCACAAUGGGAUUCUCGAGAAGGCCAUAAACCUGUUACAUUACCCCCUAACCUUACACCAAAGUUCUUUCACAGGUCUCCCAGAGAAGCACUUCGACGUGUCACUAGUCUACUUAUUAGAAAGGGUAAUACUAACAAAAGUAACAAAUCUAAAACUGUAUUCUCUUCUUCAGUGAUUGGGCCACACGGAGAUAUAACUGAAGAAUGUGUGACCAGUCAAUCCAAACGUGGAUUUUUCAAAAGCUUAUGGAGAAAAUAAGACUUUUUAUAACGUGCAAUCAAAUUAUGUGGCCAUAAAUCUUAAAUUAUUUAUUAUUUAAUUUAUCACUACUCUGUCUUCGAAUCUAUGUUUAACCUUGCGUUUACUUUACUAACUUUUACUAUAUAAUUUUUUUGUAUGUUUUUUUAUGUGUAAUGAAUUUUGACCUUAGUGAUAGAAUGUUUGACGAUAUAUAUGUAUAAUUUUUUUUAACAUAACAUAUUUUAAUUUCUUAUUAUUGUUUUUUUUUUUUUUUUUUGAUA